AUGUCAGGAUACCGCAAAGGCCACUCCACCAACUCAGUGUUACUGCGAAUCAGAGACGACAUCAUUCGUGCGAUGAAAAAAGGAGAAGUUACGCUCAUCGCCUUCGCUGACUUCUCUAAAGCAUUUGACACUGUCGAGUAUGCCACCGUGUUUAAGAAACUUCACAACGUCGGUUUCUCUCAUGAUGCAAUCUAUUGGGUAUUGAAUUACUUAACUGGGAGAAAACAGUAUGUUCAAAUUAAUGAGAAACAAUCGCAGGUAGUUGAUGUACAGUUUGGAGUGCCGCAGGGAUCUAUUUUGGGGCCUGUGCUGUUUAAUUUGUAUGUAAACGAUUUGGAACCAGAUUUGGAAUGCUCAUGCUAUCAGUAUGCCGAUGAUACGACCUUGUAUCGACAUAGCGUCCCUUCAAAGAUACAUGAAUGCGCUAAGAAACUUCAGGAUGCAAUGACUGUGCUUGAAAACUGGGCAGUAGAAUCAAAUCUCGCCCUUAAUGAGACAAAAACCAAACAAAUGUUAAUAACAACCUCGAAAAUGUUCAGAGUACACGGACUUGACACCGUUGUUCCUGAUAUCAGAGUCAAGGCACAAACAUUAGAGAAAGUUGAAGAAUUCAAACUUUUAGGCACAUG